AUGCAAAUUAAAAAUUUUAACCAAAAUACAAAUACUAAUGAAGAUAAUAAUAUCUAAAAUUCUGAAAUAGCACAAAUUGUAGAAGUUAGUUAAGGAUCAGAAAAUGUAUAGCCUACAGAAGAUAAUUAUUAGGUGAAUAACUAGCCACUUAUCAUUUAAUAAAAUGAAAUGAAUGGAAUUUUUCAUAAUAUUUUACCAUUAAAUAACUAAGAAAAUUGGAUAAAGAUCUAAAUGAUUGAUUAAUUAGAAUUAUUACCUGAAGAAAAAGUAUUUAUUAAAAGCACUAUUGUCAUUUUGCUUGGUUUUGCUUUUCUUGUUUUAAUUUAUUUACUCUGUGCCAUCUUUAUAGGUACAGCUUAGAAUUAAACUAGUGAUAGUUUAAUUUAUACCUUAACAGGAGUAUUUUCUGCUUUAUUCCUUCUAUUGGGUUACUCAAAAUAAAUAUUUAACAGUAGUAUAUGUAUUUGGUACAAAAGUAUUCUUGAGACUCUUUUUAUAGGUAUAGAACCACAAAAUCUACCUAAUUUAUGGUGA